GCAAUAAUUAACAGGUGUAAGAGCCAAUGAUGUGCAGUGUUAAACCUGCUACAGAUGCCAUCUAUCAGAAACCCUAAAUUUCAUCUAAUUUAUUGUAUGAAAUCAAGAUAAAGAUGAUGACAAUCGUCAACUGUUUUCAUUCUUAUCCUGGGCGGAAUAUCUGACAAGAAUGAGUAUAUAUCGUUGAAGACAUGUUAAUUACUGCUUUGGUAUGCUAGACAGAGCAUGGUCUCUCCAUUCCCGCUGAUCAUGAGUAUUUUCCGAUUGAGGGUUUAGUCUGCCAUAAAUUAAAGCUUUAACCGAGAUGAUAAUAGGACGCCAAUUCUGUUGUGAAAGCUGGACUUCGAUGAAAGAAGAUGUGGUAGCCUCUAGGUUUCUGGAAAUGGAAGAAUUGCACCUUGAUAGCCUUUGUUUUUGUGGGAUCGUGCUCUGUUUUCUACUACAUGGCAAAAUGACUUGGGCUCUUUCUGUUUAAUAGUAAAAUUGAAGAUAAGUCCUUGUCUUUUCUUCUCAUCUUAUCGAUUCAAUGCUAUCAUCUAAGGUCCUUGGUAGUGUUACAUGGAGGAAAUCUUUCAAUUGCCACAAAUAUAGUCCUACCUUUUUAAGCACUUUGAUGCUAAUAGCUUCUGAAAAGCAUAUGAGCAUGAGCACUGGUGUGGAUGCUUUUGAAACCAAUCACCCUGUAACAUCUAAAAGCCAAGUAUACGACAUUGCAGCUGGAAACUACAGGAAAUUAGGGGAAUUUGGCUCAUCCAAAAGUCAAAGACAUCAACCCCCUGUUGUUCGUACUCUAAAUCCACAUAUAUGCAUGUCAAGUUGUCAUUACAGCACCCAAUACACAGAUAGUAUCACAACAAAUUCACAACAUAAGUUAUUAGGAAAUAUCCCAAAAUAUGUAAAGAUAGUGGAAGUUGGUCCAAGAGAUGGAUUGCAAAAUGAGAAAGAUAUCGUUCCUACUUCUGUGAAAGUUGAAUUGAUCAAAAUGUUAGUUAAUUCAGGAUUACAAGUUGUUGAAGCUACUAGUUUUGUCUCACCAAAAUGGGUCCCACAGUUGGCAGAUGCAAAAGAUGUAAUUGAAGGAAUUAAAGGAGUUAGCAAUGCUAGAUUCCCAGUUCUAACACCAAAUCUUAAGGGAUUAGAGGCUGCUCUUGCAGCUGGAGUAAAGGAAGUUGCUGUGUUUGCUGCAGCUUCUGAGUCAUUUUCAAGGUCAAACAUCAACUGUAGCAUUGAUGAAAGCCUUGCACGUUAUCGCGAUGUUGCUUCUGCUGCAAGAAAACUCUCCAUCCCUGUACGCGGAUAUAUAUCAUGUGUUGUUGGAUGUCCAAUGGAAGGAGAAGUGCAUCCAUCAAAAGUGGCAUAUGUUGCUGAAGAGCUUGUAAAAAUGGGGUGUGAUGAAAUUUCCCUUGGUGAUACCAUAGGUGUCGGGACUCCUGGUAGUGUUAUUCCUAUGAUUGAGGCUGUUAAAAAAGUUGUGCCUAUAGAGAAGCUUGCUGUGCAUUUUCAUGAUACAUACGGGCAAGCUCUUUCUAAUAUUCUUGUAUCACUCCAAAUGGGGAUUAGUGUGGUGGAUUCAUCUGUAUCGGGACUUGGAGGUUGUCCAUAUGCAAAAGGUGCCACGGGUAACGUGGCAACCGAGGAUGUUGUAUAUAUGCUUAAUGGGCUUGGUGUGAAGACAAAUGUGGACCUUAGAAAGCUUAUUUUGGCUGGAGAUUUUAUUAGGAAACAUUUGGGGAGACCCUCUGAGUCUAAAGCUGCAACUGCCUUGAAAAAAACCGUGUUUUGUGCAUCUAAAUUAUAAGAUACCCCUAAUAACAUAACGAAUUCGAAUCACUUUCACAAAAUCAAUAUCAUGAUCUUUGCAUUUACAUUUGAUUUAAUGUUAAAUUCAAGAAAUCGCAACGCACUUUGAUUGAUUUGUGUAUUGUAUCAUAUCCUAAU